AACGCCUGCCUCAUCCCGUCACUUUCAUUCUGAUGACGACACGCAUUCAUGAUACGGCCAAACUGCUGGAUGACACCAACGUGGAGUUCAUGAACCCGGAUCAUCAUGAUCACCGGGGCAUCAUUGAGACCACUAGUGAACGAUGCAGUGAGGUGUUCGUGGCCCUCUGCCUCCUCUGCUGGAUCGUGCUCUCCUGGAUUCGGGAGAAACAUGCCGAGCAGUGCGAGAGGCAUCGCUUUGUCCAAGCGACUAAGGGUGGCCACCUCGUCGACAUCCCCCUGCUUCCCAUCACUCUGAUUUUGAAGGAGAUGAGUGAGGACGCUGCCUACCAAGCUAAUCUCUCAGAAAAGAAUGGACCACAAACCCCGUCUAACAGUCACAUCGAGGAGGCAGAAGGUCAGGGAAGUGGCUGACGCGGUACAAUGCCCACCACACUCCCGGGUGACCAACGCAGUAGGCAGAGGAGUCAAGGCCACCCGACAGCCAGAGGGACUGGGAGAGGCAAUGGCGGGGUGCCUGUCAGGGAGCAAGUGCUGGACGGUAGCCGGCCGUUGAGGGGCAUGCCAGCCAG